ACAAGAUGGCUGUUCCCUGAAGACUUUGUUUUCCUAAAUGUUUGCCCCUCGCUCGUGUCAGGCUCAGAGUUAAAGACUCGGCCUUUCUCCAACCAUGUUCUCCUUCCGAGGCUGUGGUCGCUGGGUCGCGGCUUCACUCACCAAACAGCACCAUCCGUCUUCCCGGUUCAGCGGUGACAGCGCGGCGCCCUGGACUCCGCACUUCGACGUAGUAGUCAUCGGCGGAGGACAUGCGGGGACCGAAGCCGCUGCCGCCGCCGCUCGGUGCGGCUCCCGGACUCUGCUGCUCACGCACCGAGUGGACACCAUCGGUCAGAUGUCCUGUAAUCCUUCCUUUGGUGGCAUUGGAAAAGGGCAUUUAAUGAGAGAAGUUGAUGCCUUGGAUGGCCUGUGUUCUCGAAUCUGUGACCAGUCUGGUGUACAUUACAAAGUAUUAAACCGGCGCAAGGGACCAGCUGUUUGGGGUCUGAGAGCUCAAAUUGAUAGGAAACUUUAUAAACAGAACAUGCAGAAAGAAAUCCUAAAUACACCGCUGCUUACUGUUCGGGAGGGAGCUGUAGAAGAUCUCAUUCUUACAGAACCAGAGCCUGAGCACACAGGGAAAUAUCGCGUCAGUGGUGUUGUUUUGGGGGAUGGAAGUACAGUGUAUGCGGAGAGUGUGGUUCUAACUACUGGGACGUUUCUGAGAGGCAUGAUUGUAAUUGGAUUGGAGAUGCAUCCAGCAGGACGUUUAGGGGAUCAGCCUUCCAUAGGGUUGGCUCAGACUCUGGAGAAGUUGGGGUUUGUGGUGGGAAGAUUGAAGACUGGGACUCCGCCCCGGAUCGCCAAAGAAUCCAUUAAUUUCAGCAUUCUAAACAAGCAGACACCAGAUAAUCCAUCCAUACCGUUCAGCUUUAUCAAUGAGACAGUGUGGAUCAAGCCAGAAGAUCAGCUGCCAUGUUACUUGACUCACACCAACCCUCAGGUGGAUGAGAUUGUCCUUGAGAACCUUCACCUUAACUGUCACGUUAAGGAAAGUACAAGAGGACCCCGAUACUGUCCCUCCAUUGAAUCAAAGGUUUUGCGUUUUCCAAACCGUCUACAUCAGGUUUGGUUGGAACCUGAAGGAAUGGAUUCUGACCUCAUCUACCCGCAAGGGUUAUCUGUGACACUGCCAGCUGACUUACAAGAGAAAAUGAUCACAUGCAUCAGAGGCUUGGAGAAAGCUAAAAUGAUUCAGCCAGGCUAUGGUGUUCAGUAUGAUUACUUGGACCCCCGUCAGAUCACUCCUUCUCUCGAGACUCAUUUGGUGCAGCGGCUCUUCUUUGCUGGACAGAUAAAUGGCACUACUGGUUAUGAGGAAGCUGCAGCUCAAGGUGUGAUAGCUGGGAUCAAUGCAAGUCUUCGGGUCAGACACAAGCCUCCUUUUGUCAUUAGCCGAACAGAAGGCUACAUAGGAGUCUUGAUUGAUGACCUCACCACGCUGGGUACCAGCGAACCAUACCGCAUGUUUACCAGCCGAGCUGAGUUCCGCUUGUCACUGCGUCCUGAUAACGCCGACAGCAGGCUCACGUUCCGAGGGUACAAGGAAGCUGGUUGUGUGUCCCAACAACGAUAUGAAAGAGCUACGUGGAUGAAGUCUUCUUUAGAAGAAGGCAUUUCUGUGCUAAAAUCCAUUGAGUUUCCAAGUUCUAAAUGGAAAAACUUAAUUCCAGAGGCUUCUAUAAGUAUUGGUAGAAGUCUACCUCUCAGAGCUCUCGAUGUUCUGAAGUAUGAGGAAGUUGACACAGAGUUGUUGGCCAAGGCUGUUCCAGAGCCCUUGAAGAAGUACACCAAAUGUAGAGAGCUAGCCGAAAGACUGAAAAUAGAAGCCACAUAUGAAUCAGUAUUGUUCCAUCAGCAACAAGAAAUAAAGGAAGUUCAGCGAGAUGAAGCUCUCCAACUGCCAAAAGACCUAGAUUAUUUGACUCUCAGGGAUGUGUCUUUGUCCUGUGAAGUUCGAGAGAAGCUACAUUUCAGUCGCCCACAGACGAUUGGGGCUGCCAGUCGUAUACCUGGAGUGACACCUGCUGCCAUCAUCAAUCUGCUCAGAUUUGUGAAGUCCACUCAGCAAAGACAGGCAGCUCUGGAUAGUUUGCCCAAAACUGAUCAACAUUUAUGUAAUACAGACAAACUUGAAGAUAGACAGUUAUAGCUUUCUAUUCAUAGAAGACUUUUAAUCAAUACAAGAGUAUAUAUAGGAGAUAAGAUGUAUUUCUUUUUUUUUAGCUAUUAGUAACAAAGUUUAUUUACCUAAUUAAAUCCAAUCUAAUCUUAAUCUCUCCUGACAAUGUACAAAAUUCUUUUCUCAAAGUUCCCUUUUUUCACAAAUGUUUUAUCACUUUUUAUAUCCAUAUGAUUUGUCCCUUAGUUUUCCCCAUCCAGAAACAAACAGCUCUAGGACAAAAUUAUUAUCAUCAUUUUUCCUCAACAAAAAUAUCUCCAUUCUUGGGCUUCCUUGGUGGCACAGUGGUUAAGAAUCCGCCUGCCAGUGCAGGGGACACAGGUUCAAGCCCUGGUCUGGGAAGAUCCCACAUGCCGCGGAGCAACUAAGCCUGUACACCACAAGUACUGAGCCUGCACUCUAGAGCCCGCGAGCCACAACUACUGAGCCUGCGUGCCACAACUGCUGAAGCCCGUGCACCCUAGAGCCCGUGCUCCGCAACAAGAGAAGCCACCGCAAUGAGAAGCCCGUGCACUGCAACCAAGGGUAGCCCCCGCUCGCCACAACUAGAGAAAGCCCAUGCACAGUAACAAAGACCCAAUGCAGCCAAAAAUAAAAAUAAGUAAAAUAAAUUUUUUUAAAAAAUCUCCAUUCUUUAUACCUUCCCUCGCUGAUGAUACAUAUCCUACUUGCUUUACACAGUGAAAUGCUUCCCUUAAUCAUUUUUAGUAGCUUUAAUUACAUAUUACAAUUUUUAACCCUUAAAAGCCUUAACAAAACCGAGAAACAAGUAAUUGAACUGUUAUACCAGCAUUUACUGACUGGCAAACUUAACAUGUUCCAUAACCUCUAAAAACAUCUUUCUCAUAGCAUAAUUUCUCUUUAGUGUGGUACAAGAUACGUGUUUAAUAAACCCAAACAUCUUCUGAAGUUCUACUAAUUAACCCAAGGCUGAAGUCUCAGGCAAAGUGGGCUUUGUAUUUUAAGGACAGAUAAGAGUUAACUUCAAGCUUUCUCUUAGGCAUAUGGUUGUUCUCUCAGGGUCAGAAUUCUGAAAACAGUAUUUUGUCAAGAUAGCUUUCUCUUAAGUGCACUUCCCAACACCAACGGUCCUCGGUGUCAGACGCAUGUCAGAACCAAUUGGCAAAAUGCCCAAAUAGCACUUCAUGCUCAAAAAAGUAGUUUGCUGGGUGCACACCGGUGGACUUAACUCGGUCUUGGAGCUCGUCAGCUCGUUUGGAGGCAUCUUUCCGUUCCACCAAGGAAAAGCGUACAUUGGUAGCCAGUGCCGAGCAGGGGAGAAACGGAGGAGCCCCGAAACAAAUGGUUUCGACAGCUGCUAGGAACGUCCCCCCAAAUCCCCCUCCUGGGGCCAGCGAGCCACGAGUGGCGGGGUCCUCACAGCCAUCCCAGCACGUCGUCAAG